GCCCCGCCGCCGCCCGCCCCGCAGCCGCCGCCGCCGGGCCCGGCGCUGAAGCGGCCGUCGAGGGCCAAGGCGCCCGGCAAGAAGGCGAAGGCCACGCGGAAGCUGAGCUUCGCCGACGAGGUGACCACCUCGCCCGUGCUGGGGCUGCGCAUCAAGGAGGAGGGCCCCGAGGGGCGGCCGGGGCCGGGGCCGCCGCCGUCGGGGGGGCGCACGCCGCUGGGCGAGUUCAUCUGCCAGCUGUGCAAGGAGCACUACGCCGACCCGCUGGCGCUGGCCCAGCACCGCUGCUCCCGCAUCGUGCGCGUCGAGUACCGCUGCCCCGAGUGCCACAAGAUCUUCAGCUGCCCCGCCAACCUUGCCUCGCACCGCCGCUGGCACAAGCCGCGGCCCGGCCCCAGCGCCGACGGCUCUGCCGCCGCCGCCGCCCACCGCGGCGGCGCGGACAGCGCCGGCGGAGCCCCGGCCUCUGCCCCCGGCGCCCCCGGCCCCGGCCCCGUCGGGGAGGCGUUCGCCUGCCCCUGCUGCCAGAAGCGCUUCCGACGGCAGGCCUACCUCCGCAAGCACCUGGGCACCCACGGCGCGGCGCGGCCAGCCGCCUUCGGGCCGCCGGAGCGCGGGCAGCUCGCCUUCGCCUGCCACCUCUGCGGCGCCCGCUUCCCCUCGGCGGACAUCAGGGACAAGCACCGGCUGUGGCACGCCGUGCGGGAGGAGCUGCUGCUGCCGCCGCCGCCGCCGCCUCCAGCCGCCGGGCAGCCCGAGGGCGGCGGGGCGGCGGCGGCGGGGGGCGGCGAGCGGCAGGGCUUCCCCUGCAAGCACUGCCCCGCCACCUUCUUCAGCGCGCCGGGGCUGGCGCGGCACGCCACCAAGUGCCACCCGCCCGAGGGCAGGCAGGUCCUGCUGCUCCAGGUGCCCGUCCGGCCGGGCUGCUAGCCCCCGCGGCCGCCCCCGAUGGGACCCCAUCGCCCGACGGCCCGGGCGAGCGCCGAGCGAGUCCCGUCCACGCUGUAAUUCCUAUGGAAAGUCGCGCUGGGUGCGCACACGGCCACCGAGGCAAAGCCGCCUGCGGACCCCCCUGUGCCCUCCGCCCCGUCCCCUCCGGGCUGCCCCGGGGCGCUGGGGGGCGGCGGGUGCCCGCUGAAGUCCAGCUGUACAUAGGAUAUUUAAAGAGAGGAAUUAUUAUUAUUAUUUUUCGUGAGAAAAGGCGCCUGACCUAGUUACCUUGUUUUCAUAGCCUUCCCCCCCACCCCAAGCUCGAACAUUUAAGUUCUCGUGCAGUGUUUCGUUUGCUGUACUCUGUGCUAAAAUAGUCGCGAAGGUAAAUGUUCUUGCUAAGUCGGUGUCAGCUCUGUAAUAGCUAGCGAAACAUGCGGGAACCCGGUCGUGCUGUCCGCUUACCGAAGGCGAGGCGCCCUGCCCCAGCUAGGUGCGCGCCCCUUGCUUCCCACGCGAGUUUUUGGGGGCCCUGCGGGCGGCCCCGGCCCCUCGGGGGGUGCCCCGCGGCCGGGGGGACCCCGGGGCGCCGCUCCCCGGCCCGGCCAAGCCGCCCUCUGCGUUUUUCCCCCGGCUUCAGCGGCAGCCCGGCCCAGCGCUUUGCAAUUCUGUGCACCUUGCCAGCUACGGACCUUUCAGGCCUUAUUUAUUUGGUCGUCUGUUUAUUUAUUUUCACGCGGGAGUGCUCGUUCCAAAUGCGAUAGCGGGUGAGGCCAAAAAGGACGAGCGAAUUCAAUAAACGAUUUAAAACGAAGCUAACGCCUUUCUUGAAUUCAGCAGGGGAAAAGCGGGUCGCUUGGUGGUUCCCGAAGAAACAAACUGAUCCCAGCCCCAACCUUUGUUAGAGCACGCAGAAUAUUGCUAUCUUUUCAUUAGCAUCCUCUAAUGCAGCUAUUUCUCUAGUUUUAUAUUUUGUUACACCCAACAAAAGGCUCGCGUACAUCAUGCCCGAAGGCCGAAAGCAAGCGAUAGCGUUUUAUUUCAAAUGUGCUCCGUCGACUUUCUGGUGUUGGUUGCAGGACCUGGGAAAUAUGAAUAAGUGCGGUAUAACCUGCAGCUGCCAACGCUUGCUGCCUGGCGGAGGCUUAAACUUGGAGCUUGCUAUUCUCCCCCACCAGAAAUAAAGCAUGUCAUUUUAAGUAGGGCGUUUUUCAAUCAUUCGCCGGUAACCGAGGCGCAGAUAGCAGUGCCCGUUUAUGCCGUUCACCGAGUUCUCCCAUGGAGAAGGUCACUGUGCUUUUUUAAAUCAUUACCCUCCCGUCUCUGCUCGUACGGUCAAAGAAACAGGGCUACAGAAGGCAUUUACCAGAGCUGGGGACAAGUGUCCGAUACGGCGUCCUUGCAGCGGACGGGGAGAGCUCCCAAGAACUAGUUGACACGCCAAGCUUUUAAUAUGAAUGACAACUAA